AUGUCGCAGACGCACGUCGUGUUCGGCGUGUGGGUCAGCUUUGGCGGCCUCCUGAUCGCCGAGGCCCAGUCGGGGGACUCAGCCGGGACCCUCAGCCUGCAGACGGCCACCCUGGUGGCCUCUAUCGCACACCUAGGUCGCAUGCUGGGCUGCGUCGCCUCCGCCCCGCUGACGGACCGGCUCGGCGUGCUGCGCGUGAUCCAGCUGAGCGUGCCGCUGAACCUGCUGGCCUGGCCGAUGAUGACGCUCGGGGGGCGGAGCAUGAUGGUGGCCGGCGCCGUGAUGGCGGGCGCCUUCGUCGGGCUCAACGCGUCUGGAGGGCGACUGUAUAUCGCUGAGGUGACGUCAAACCGCACACGCGGAACGCUCUGCUAUUUGCCCGGAGUGGCCAUUGGACUCAGCCUGUUGGUCAACUUUUCCGUCAGUGCUGCCAUCCCGUGGCGAUAUGCCACACUACUCUGCGGCUGCACGCCAUCUGUUGUGCACUUUCUCGCCUUCACCACCAGGUGGCUGCUGAGCCGCGGGGGCCGCGAGAAGGAGGCGCAGCGAGCGAUCGCCUUUUACCGCGGCAAGCGGGCUGACGUCGCCAUGGAAACCAAACACAUCCUGCAGGUGCUGCGGGGCCGGCCGACUCCAAACAUACUCCAGCAGGCCCGGCUCAUCUUCACCGACUGGGACGUGGCCAAGCCGUGCCUCCUGCUGCUGGUGCAGUUCUUCUUCGACUCCUUCUGCGGCGGCAUUGUGCUGACGCAGUACGCGCCCGGGCUCUUCCGCAUGGCCGUCAGGUCGCUGGCGCCGGCCCAGUGCACCCAGCUGCUGGCCGCGCUGCAGGUGGCGGCGGCGGUCGUCAUGUCCAUGACGCCCACCAUCUACGGCGCCACGCUCAGCUUCGCCGCCCACUUGCUGGCCGAGUCGCAGUCAUCUGACGCCACCGCUCAGCUGACGCUGCGCGACGCCACCAUGGUGGCGGCCAUCUCUAACCUCGGCAGGAUGUUCGCGUGCGUAGCUUCUGCCUCGCUGACGGACAGGCUGGGCGUGCUGCGCGUGAUCCAACUGAGCGUGCCGUUCAACCUGCUGCCUGGCCGCUGA